AAUUCCUGUUGAACGGCACGACCGGUUAGUUGGCUGUCAAAUCUGGAAGAGUCUGGUUGUGGUAAAUAAAAACUAGUGAAAGUGUCAAAAGAUCGCAAGCAAAAAUGCAAGGCCUACUGGUGGUGCUGUUGAUUUUGAUUACAGUCGGUGUUGAAACUUCAGAGGAACGCACACUGGACUAUCUGGCCAAAAGGACGGGCAAGGAUUGCGUCCAGUUGCCGGAGCCAAUUCUGUCGGAUAUUUUGGGACCAGCCUUCAAUUCGCGCUACAUGAGUAUCGACAAGCCACCGGUUAUGGAAGACGAAGCCCUGGAUGGCGGUGAUGGUGGAAACGGAAAACGUGGAGCUUCGAAUGGACUUUAUCCGUCGUUCUAUGUGGAAGAAGAUCACGUCGAGGAGGUUGGCCAUGAUCCGGCCUGGGCAGUGAACCAUGCCAGAGAUACAGCGAAUCCGGUGCUGAAACCGCCUCGAUUCAAGCGAGAUGUUUUCAACACAUUGCUGAACGACAUGAGCCGCGAAAGCCGUUCGGGGCGAUCGCAUCGAGGCCGAGGAGCUUCAAAGAAUCAGUUCAGUACUCGACCGUGGGAGUGCGAGGGAAAAAUACGGUGGCUUGAUUUAGGGGUGGAAUAUUUUCCGCGCUAUCUGCGGACGGUGGAGUGUGCCAAGACACGCUGCUGGUACGGGCACUAUCAGUGCGUGGCACGAUCGUUUACCGUGAAAAUUCUGCGCCGACGAACGGGUGAAUGUGUACCGAGCGGACAACUGAAGAACAUCGGAGUCGAAGGAUUACCCGGUGAACUACGCGAGCUCUGGGUCUGGGAAGAGCGGGCGGUCAACUUUUGCUGUGAUUGUGCUGCGCAGUAGUAGGCCGGGAACACUCGCCGCCUGAGUUCAAGGCGGUCUCUUCGUCGGAGCAGGCUACUGAUGUUAAAGUGUAAAUAGUUUUCGAAGCGCCAGCUGGUUGUAAAUAGAGGUGAAUGUUUGUUCUACUCGUUCUAGUCCUAGGUUAGAUUGUUUUGUACUGAGUGUAAAU